CCUCCGACAGUUACUGCUGGAAUCAAAAAUCAAGUCAGAAAGGAAAACGCCAAUAACUAUAGCCCAACACACACCUUAGGUUUCUCACCUUUGAACUCCUCAAAACAUAAACAUAAACAAAUACUGCUACAAAUCUCACCUCUGAGCUCAUCGAAACAAAAACUCAAAAACAAAAAUAUUGCAAGAACAAGAAUAUAAUGCUAUAAUACUCAUCUGUCUUCAUUACAAGCCUGUGCUAGUCAUAUAACAGUCAAUUCGAAAAAACAUCUUUUUUGUGUUCUUGAUCUGAUACCAGAUCAUGUCCUUGCAAGAUAGAAAAGCCAAAGACAGGAUCAGCCAAGAUCCUGAAUCUCGAGAUGUUUCUAAAGAAGUUAAGGGUAAGAGGAUGACAUAUAAAUCACCAGUUCCGCGUCGUCUGAAUGGCAGUAACAGAGCAUCAACGGAGCCUAAGAUAAUGUUGAAGAAGAUAAGAUCGAUCAAGCUUUAUAAGCUUUACGGCUUGAAGAGACGGGGAACUUCACAGUUAGAUUGGAAGUCUACGGAUUCAUCCAGCAAUGAUUUUAGCGACGGGAAAAAAUAUAUUGAGGCAAAAAGUGGAUCUGAAGGAGAGUCAUACAGUUCAUCAUCUGGUGGAUCAACAGCAAGUAUGACAUUAUCUCUGCAUCAGAAAGAGCGAAAAAGAGAGUCCAAGUCCAAGAAGCAUGCAUGCCCCAGCUGUUUUAGGCCAUUUGAUAAGGACACAAAACCGAUAUUGAUGGACUCUUCACAGCAGUCUUUGGAGGAAGGAUCAGAUGCAUUACCAGAUUAUGCUACGCCCAACAAAGGACCAAAGAAGCAAGUUCAAUCACCUCCCUCUACUUCAGACUCGAGCUUCUUUAGCAACGAGUCCAGUGAACCGAGCGUGACUGGUUCACAUUUCUCCCAAUCAAAAUCAGCUGCUUCAAGUAAGAAAUCUUUGCAAACUCUGACGAAAUCAUCCAGUACAAGAACUGGGGGGAAUCUUAGAAAAAAGACUAGCUUCAAAAUAAAAGGCUCUUUAGUGGGAAAACCCCCAAACAUUGUGCAAGAUUUGGGUCUUAAUAGGGCUACUUGUUCCUCUACACUCAAGGAUUCAAAGUUUCCUAAGCAGGUUGAACUCAAACCUGGUCAAAGUGAAUCCGAAAUAAUUUCAGCCAAGAAGGUAUGUCCCUAUCAUCAUUGUUCCCUCCAUGGCCAUUCACAUGCCCCUGAGCCCCCACAAAAGCGCUUCUUAUUCAGAAGGAGGCGCACGGAGAGGACCCCAAAGAGUAUAGAACCAAAAGGCUUAUCACCAGAUGCAGUAACAUCUUCUGGAGGUAAAAAGAAAGCGACUCAAACUGGCAAAACAUUCUCCAGCACUGAACCAGCUUCAGCAAAAUCCAGUCACAGCACAAGGAGCUCUCAUGUCAAAGAUCACAAGACUUUAGAUUCUUCAGUGACUACCAUUACCAAACCAAGAAUUGAGUCAUACACAGGAGCAACUCUGGAAAAGGAAAAUGCAACUUCAGAUAGCUGUUCUGUUGAAACAAAGCAGCAUAUGUCCACUUCCGAAACAGAACAUACACAACUAAAUGGUGAAGAAGUGCAUGUCUCAAGUGCUGGUAUUGACAUUAUAGCUGCCACAAUGUCAGGAACCACCACAGAUGAAACAUCAACCUUACCACAAGUAUUGACCUCAGAAGAUUCUGCUGAAGCAACAAAAGAUUGCAUGGGGGUUUCUUCUGUAAGUUGUUGCACUUCUGAGGAACUCAGUGCCUCGAGUGAAGAGAAAGCUGGAACCUCUUAUAGAGGGGCUGAACUCAUUACUGAUUCCAUCUCACCCAGAGAUAGUAAACCUAGCAAAGAAAAUAACUUCAGUCCAGUCAUUGAUGAAGCAAGCAACACCCAAAUCAAGAAAAACAACCAUGUCAGCAUGUGGCAUAUGAUACAUCAACAGAUGGUAUUAGGUUUAGCUGAGAACCAGCAAGUUCUUCCAGGACUUGGGGAACAGCAAGACAAUGAUGACAAGACAUUACCUGACACAAAUAAUUCUCAGUCGAGAGCUGAAAUUUUCAAGUCAGAGAUGGAUGCUGAAAAUCAAACUCAAGAAAGUAAAGUACUCGAACUUCGAAAGAUUUUUGCAAUUAAACUGGUACGAGAAGCAAUUGAGAAAAUUCUACUUCCAGAAGUUGAUGACCAGACAUCUGAUGUGAUGUCCAUUACAAGCGAAGUUGUUUCUGACGAAGAGCAUCCAGACAAGAUUCAUGAUGGAGGUGAAGAACAAAGUAUUUCAACUCCCAAUGAAUUCACUGAACACCAUCUCCUGGAGAACGAAAACAAAGAACUGGGGAGCAAUAAAUCAUACGAUGCAAAAAAAUCAAGUCUAACAGAAGUUACCGUCUCGGUUUCAGAAGAUAAAACAAGCAAAAAGUCAGAGAAGAAAGCGCUCAAGGGCUGGAGUAAUCUGAGGAAAAUAGUCCUUUUAAGGCGGUUUGUCACAGAGCUGGAGAAAGUGAAAAAAUUCAAUCCUGUGCAACCACGUUAUCUUGCUUCAGAGCCUGCAUCAGAAGCAGAAAAAAUAUCUCUGAGACGCCAAAUGAUGGGUGAAAAGAAAAAUGCAGAGGAGUGGAUGCUUGAUUAUGCACUUCGACAAGUGGUUAGUGAAUUAGCUCCCACUCAGAAAAGAAAAGUAGCACUGCUUGUUAAAGCCUUUGAAACUGUGGUGCCUCCCCAAGAAGAUCAAAACAUUCAAGUUGCAACCCCAAAACAGAAAAUACCCACAGACCUUAAAGACAAGGAAAUUAAAAGUAAUAUUUAUUUGAACUCUGAUCUACAAGGUGGGGCACCUGAGUUUGGUGCUGCAGAAUUGGAUAUCCCUAGAAGUGUAGAUGGAAAGACAGGUUCUCUGGUGCAAAGCUCUGCCACAGAAAGGAAUGAUGAACUAAAUCAAUCUGACAUUGUUGUUCCAACCUUAGAUACUGCACACCUGAAGAAACUUACUGCAGACAAAGAAGAGACAAUAGGACAAUCUAGGCUAGAAGACAUAGCACCUCUGGACAUUCCACUUCAUACAGAUACGAGUCCAGCCAGCGUAGCCAACCAAGAAGAAAAAACCCAGUUGUACAAGCAAAACGUCAAAAUGUGGCACAUGAUAUAUCGGCAUGUUGUAUCAGGUAUUGCUGAGAAAAUUGGAACCCAACUACUUGAUGUUGAUGGAGAAGAUGGAGGAGAAGAAAUAGGCGAAGGCAACGAGUUGCUAGAUGGUGAUUCUUCUAGUCCUAUGAAAACAGAUCAGUAUGACACCAAGGAAAAUCAUGAUACAAACCAUAAAAACGUUGAAUUUAGCAGGAGUGAUGCUCUUAAACUUGUACAAGAAGCAGUUGAUGAGAUCCUUCUCCCUGAUAUUCAAGAUGAUUCAUCAGAUUCAAAAUCAAUUGCCAGCGACACACUUCCAGACCAGGAACUCAUAAAUAAACAUCAAGGUGAUGUUGACGUACCAGGCAUCAUUAAAAUCAAUGAAACUGCAGAGGACAGCUUCAUAGAUGGUGUCAGAAGUUCAGAGGAAAGUGGCGUCUCAUUGAAUCAAGAGAAUGAAGCAUCUCCCGCUGGCGAUAUCAAUAUCCAGGUUGAUGAGAGAGCAGCAUCAUUUGUAAAAACUAACUUGCUGCAGCAAAAAUCCAAGAACUGGAGCAAGCUGAAAAAGUUGAUCCUCCUUAAAAGAUCUAUCAAGGCACUAGAAAAUUUCCGUAAGCUAAAACCAAAACCAUCCCAACAUAUGCCCUUGACAAGUGACCCAGAGGAAGAAAAAGUUAAUUUGAAGCAGCAAAUGACAGAUGAGAGAAAAAAGGCUGAACAGUGGAUGCUGGAUUAUGCAGUUCAACAUAUUGUCACCAAAUUAACCCCAGCUCGGAAAAGGAGAGUGGCAAUGCUUGUUGAAGCUUUUGAAGCAGUUGUUCCACUUCCAGAAGUUUGAUGCAAAAGACGCAUCACAAACCUAUCAAAGUAAUUCAGCAUGGUCACGACUAUUUGUAGAAGUUAAUCUCUGGAGAGGAUUUCCACAAUGAUGACUGCUUCAGUUGUUCAGUAGCACCAUUAUUAUCAUAUCCAAGAUCUUAGGGCUUCAUGUAUUCAAGUUUCAGAUAUAUGUAAUUUUUUGUUCAGGAGUUCAAAUCGUAGACCAUUGCUAAAAUUCAUUGGUAAGAUAUAGGAACAUUUAUACAUUCUUUUAAUUAGAGUGUUUUUGUAUAGCUACUUCAAGGACAACAGUGUUACCUGUCCCUAUCAUAUGGAGUGCGAGUUUGUAUGUGUAUAGACAUUUUAUUUAAUGUAAUGAAUUUUUUUUGUAAGUA